CUCCUCCCGCAGGCAACGCGGCACAAUGCAUCGCGGUGGGAGGCAAGCUGGGCUCCCCUGCGCCGGGAAGCGGCUGCCCCUCCCUCUGGAUCACACAGGGUUUUUGCAGUAGGUGACAGCAGGAUCGGGCACCAGGGAAGCAAUUGAUUCGUCUACUGCCCGCAUCCCAGAGUUGCCUACGCUGCCCAGAGAGGGAGAGAGGAAAGAGAAGAGGGGAGAGAAAGAGAGACUUACAAAACCUUCCUUCCAUGUGGAGUAGUCUGAGUGAAUCACUGCCCACCGUUGUAGACUCCAACUGUACUUAGUUUUCUCCUCUGACGGGGGCAUAUCUGCUGGUCUUUCAAGCCAAGUCGCUGGCACUUAACAUCUCCCCCCGGCAGGGAGUUGGCAAGAAUUUGGCUCACGCCUUCUGCUGCAAUCCUCCGCUGUCCUGGUGUGCCAGCCUUCCACCAUGACUGACACUGUGGUGAACCGAUGGAUGUACCCUGGUGAUGGCCCACUGCAGUCAAAUGACAAGGAACAGAUGCAGGCAGGAUGGUCCGUCCAUCCUGGAGCACAGACGGACAGGCAGAGAAAGCAGGAAGAACUGACAGACGAGGAGAAGGAGAUAAUCAACCGGGUGAUAGCUCGGGCAGAGAAGAUGGAAGCCAUGGAGCAGGAGCGCAUCGGGCGCCUGGUGGACCGUCUGGAGACCAUGAGGAAGAACGUAGCUGGAGAUGGUGUGAACCGUUGCAUCCUGUGCGGGGAACAGCUGGGCAUGCUGGGCUCUGCGUGUGUCAUGUGUGAAGACUGCAAGAAGAAUGUCUGCACCAAAUGUGGGGUGGAGACCUCCAACAACCGUCCGCAUCCGGUAUGGCUCUGUAAGAUCUGCCUUGAGCAGAGAGAGGUCUGGAAGCGCUCAGGAGCAUGGUUCUUCAAGGGUUUUCCAAAACAAGUCCUUCCACAGCCCAUGCCUAUAAAGAAGACCAAGCCCCAGCAGCCUGCUGGUGAGCCGGCCACCCAGGAGCAGCCUACACCCGAGUCCAGGCAUCCAGCCAGAGCUCCAGCUCGAGGUGACAUGGAGGACAGGAGGGCCCCAGGACAGAAGCCAGGCCCUGACCUCACCUCUGCUCCUGGACGAGGAAGCCAUGGGCCUCCCACACGCAGGGCCUCUGAGGCACGGAUGAGUACAACCACCCGUGAUUCUGAGGGCUGGGACCAUGCUCAUGGUGGGGGUGCUGGAGACACCAGCCGGAGCCCAGGAGGUUUGAGGCGAGCUAACUCAGUCCAGGCCUCCCGCCCAGCCCCAGCCUCCAUGCCAAGCCCGGCACCUCCUCAGCCGGUGCAGCCAGGGCCCCCUGGGGGCAGCAGGGCCACUCCUGGGCCGGGACGCUUUCCAGAGCAGAGCACAGAGGCUCCUCCAAGUGACCCUGGCUAUCCAGGGGCUGUUGCCCCAGCCCGGGAGGAGAGGACAGGACCCACUGGGGGCUUCCAGGCAGCGCCCCACACUGCAGGUCCCUAUUCCCAGGCGGCCCCUGCCCGCCAGCCACCGCCUGCUGAGGAAGAGGAGGAAGAAGCCAACAGCUAUGACUCAGAUGAAGCAACCACACUGGGUGCCCUGGAAUUCAGCCUUCUCUAUGACCAAGACAACAGCAACCUGCAGUGCACCAUCAUCAGGGCGAAGGGACUGAAGCCCAUGGACUCCAACGGCUUAGCGGAUCCCUAUGUGAAGCUGCAUCUGCUGCCUGGAGCCAGCAAGUCCAACAAGCUUCGUACGAAGACCCUGCGCAACACCCGGAACCCUGUGUGGAACGAGACGCUGCAGUAUCAUGGCAUUACAGAGGAGGACAUGCAGAGGAAGACACUCAGGAUCUCCGUAUGUGACGAGGACAAGUUUGGCCACAAUGAGUUCAUUGGUGAGACCAGGUUCUCGCUCAAGAAACUGAAGGCGAACCAGAGGAAAAACUUCAACAUCUGCCUGGAGCGGGUGAUCCCGAUGAAGCGCGCAGGGACCACUGGGUCAGCACGUGGCAUGGCUCUCUAUGAGGAGGAGCAGGUGGAGCGGAUCGGAGACAUAGAGGAACGGGGCAAGAUCCUGGUGUCCCUCAUGUACAGCACGCAGCAGGGCGGCCUCAUCGUGGGAAUUAUCCGCUGUGUGCACCUGGCUGCCAUGGACGCCAACGGCUACUCAGACCCCUUCGUCAAGCUCUGGCUGAAACCGGACAUGGGGAAGAAAGCCAAGCACAAGACUCAGAUUAAAAAGAAGACCCUGAAUCCCGAGUUUAAUGAGGAGUUCUUUUAUGACAUCAAACACAGCGACCUGGCCAAAAAGUCCCUGGAUAUCUCAGUGUGGGACUACGACAUUGGCAAAUCGAAUGAUUACAUCGGAGGCUGCCAACUGGGGAUCUCGGCCAAGGGCGAGCGCUUGAAACAUUGGUAUGAGUGUCUGAAGAACAAAGACAAGAAGAUUGAACGUUGGCACCAACUGCAGAACGAGAACCAUGUGUCGAGCGACUAGGACCUGGCGCCCUGGUGUCGCUGUCUCUGCCCCAGCUGCUCUCCCCUCUCAAAGUUUCCCUUGCCAACCGUGAACCUUCGAUGUCUACCCCACUUCAGGUUCUGCAACAAACGAACUCUCUGAGCUUCAGGGUCCGGAUGGGAGCCCUCUCUGGUCCUCAGAGAUUGGGUGGUGGGUGUGGGGAGACAUUUACAAAGAUUUACUCUGACCUUAAACAUAUUUGUGUCUCCUUGGGCAUUGGUGGACCCUCAGGCUGUGAGGACCAGCAGGGGGCAGAAGUUAUACAUUGAGGCUGCCUCUGUCCCUCCAAAUCACUCGAGAAAAAGCAAAUCAAAAGAAAACAGACACACUCUAGACACACCAGGAACUAGACACAGAAUACACUAAGGGCCUGCACCUCCCUUUCCAGGAAGCUGCCCAUCUGUUUCCUAGUAAAAGUAACCUCUCUCUCUCUGCACUUCCCUUCUCCUUGCUCACCUUCUGUCAAUACCUCCUCAGCCACCCUCCUACCCCACCC